CCCCUGCACUCGGGUCUCCCCGCAGCCUGUGGGCAGCCUCACGCGUCCAGCCGGAUCGUGGGGGGCCAGGACGCCCGGGAAGGAGAGUGGCCGUGGCAGGCCAGCAUCCAGCACCGCGGGGAGCACGUGUGCGGGGGCUCACUCGUCGCCCCCCAGUGGGUGCUCACGGCCGCACACUGCUUCCCGAGGCGGGCGUCCCCCUCCGAGUACCGCGUGCGCCUCGGGGCGCUGCACCUGGGGCUCUCCUCGCCCCACGCGCUCUCCGCACCGCUGCGGAGGGUGCUGCUGCCCCCCGACUACUCCGAGGAUGGGGCCCGCGGCGACCUGGCACUGCUGCAGCUGCGCCGCCCGGUGCCCCUGAGCGCCCACGUCCGGCCCGUGUGCCUGCCCAAGCCGGGGGGACCGCCGGCCCCAGUGGGGGCUGGGCUGCCUCUCCCAGCCUCGGCGGCGUCUCCCCCAGUGCCGCUUCCGGAGUGGAGACCCCUGCAGGGCGUGAGGGUGCCGCUGCUGGACGCCCGCGCCUGUGACCGCCUCUACCACGCGGGGACCGACGUGCCCCUGGGCGAGCGCAUCGUGCCGCCGGGGAGCCUGUGCGCCGGCUACCCCGAGGGCCGCAAGGAUGCCUGCCAGGGUGACUCUGGGGGACCCCUGACGUGUGUGAAGUCUGGGCGCUGGGUCCUGGUGGGUGUGGUGAGCUGGGGCAAGAGCUGUGCCCUGCCCAGCCGCCCAGGUGUUUAUACCAACGUGGCCACCUACAGCCCCUGGAUCCAGGCCCGCCUGUCUCUGCCGCUGCACCGGCAGGCGCCGGGUGCCCGGGCCCCAUCUGCCUGAGCCCUGCUCAUCCCCACCUUCUGCCCUGAUUCGAGGCUGAGGCCCGACAGGGCUAAGGGGUCGCCCCUGUAUCAGUCUGUCCUAAACCCCCUCCUCUUCGGGGCUCACCGAACCUGGCCUGCCCACCCCCCACACCAGCCCCGCUCCCUGUCCUCCGGCUCAUAUUGAUGCUCCUGGGUGCUGGGCCCGGAGUCGGGCAGCUGACCUGCAUGCCCCCUUUGCUGGAGGAAGUCAGAGGGAGGUGCGCCAGGUGACCCCCAAAGGGCUGGAGCUGAAGGCAGCAAGCUGCCCGGAGCCGGCGCAGGCACACCCUCGAGCUGCACCCGGGAGGCCAAGCCUUACAGUGCUUGGACCGUGGAGCAGCCCCCAGGCCGCGCAGGCCAAGCCCUCCCGACAUCCAAGCAGACAACCCACCCUGGCCUGGAGCUGCCCUUUAAUAAAGCUGCGUGGU